AGGGUUUGCUCGUCUCCAGUCCUGACCAUUCUCUCUCGAGGAGGAGGAACGGGAGGAACGCGCAACCAGUGCAGCGUGUGUGCGCCCAGAGUUAUGAGACCCACAGUCUUCAGAUCGGAUGCUGAAGCCUUCACACCAAUGAGAAGCUACUAAAUUUACCCACUAGUGACAGAGAGGACGGAAAUCAGUUAUUUAAAGGCAGUGACCUAAACGCUCGCGAGCAGAAGCUGCCAACGAGGACACGCUGUCAAGUGUCUCAAGACUUAUAGCAACUACAGGACUGGCUAUUUGAGAAUACCCAUUUUCCGUUCUGAGGAUGAGGAAUUUUGAUGAACACCAUCGCAUGGAAGAGGAGACGACAGUUCGCUGGUCUGAGUGACAGAAUGCGCUCCGGCUGACGCGCUUUCUCCAGACUCCAAACUAACAAAAUCCAGAGGAUAUUUUUGAACAGACUGAUUUGUUUGAGAAUGUAUUGGUGUUUUCUCUUGGUGACUUUAACGGGAUUGUCCGUGGUUCCCGCUUUAACGGAAAGUUCCUGCGGUUCGACAAUCACGAUCAACAGUGCCGGAUAUGUGACCUCGCCCGGUUACCCAUCUGGAUACCCGGUGAACCAGCAGUGUACCUGGCUGAUCCAGGCGCCGAAGCCUCAACAGAGGAUCCUCAUCAACUUCAACCCACACUUUGAUCUGGAGAGCCGGGAGUGCAAGUAUGAUUUUGUUCAGGUGUUUGAUGGUGCCUAUGAGAAAGAUGUCUCUCUCGGGAGGUUCUGCGGCAAAAUUGCCCCAUCUCCGAUCGUCUCUAGUGGAAACUCCCUACUCAUCAAAUUUACUUCUGACUAUGAAAGCGCAGGAGCCGGAUUCAGCAUCCGCUAUGAAAUACACCGUACAGGAACUGAAUGUUCUAGAAACUUCACUGCACCACAUGGGAUGAUUCAAACUCCUGGUUUCCCUGAUAAGUACCCAAAUAACUUGGAGUGCACCUUCAUCAUCUUCGCACCCAAGAUGGCGGAGAUCCUUCUAGAUUUUCAGAGCUUCGAUAUGGAACCAGAUACAAGUCCACCUGUUGGGGCCGUUUGCAGAUUUGACUAUUUGGAGAUAUGGGAUGGAUAUCCAACAGUUGGGCCUCAUAUUGGUCGGUACUGUGGUUCCAGACAUCCAGGCAGUGUAAUCUCAUACACUGGCAUUCUCUCUCUCAGCAUCCACACAGACAAUGCCAUCACCAAGGAGGGCUUCUCAGCCAAUUACAGCAUCCGAAACAGCUCAGAGCGGCCCCAGCAGCACCAGGGUGUAGGUGAAUGUAUGUCUCCAUUAGGGAUGGCGAGUGGUGAUAUCACAGAUGAUAGAAUCACUGCAUCAUCCCAGUAUAAUCCCAGCUGGUCUCCACUGCGCUCCAGACUGCAUUACAUUGAAAAUGGCUGGACACCAUCAGAGGACUCCACCAGAGAGUGGAUUCAGGUGGACUUGGGUUUCCUGCGGUAUGUGACUGCCAUUGGAACACAGGGUGCCAUUUCGAUGGAAACUAAAAAAUCGUACUAUGUCAAAACAUACAGGAUCAGUGUGAGCUCGAAUGGAGAAGACUGGAUCACACUGAAAGAUAAAACCAAACAGAUGGUGUUCCAUGGAAAUCAAAAUCCCACAGAUGAAGUACGCAUCAGACUGCCCAAGCCCACCCUCACCCGUUACCUACGGAUACGACCUUUGACCUGGGAACAGGGCAUUUGCAUGCGUUUCGAGGUGUACGGCUGCAAAAUAUCAGAUGCGCCAUGCUCCAGUAUGCUGGGGAUGGUAUCAGGUCAGAUUUCUGACUCGCAAAUCUCAGUGUGGCCGUCGGCAGAGAGGGGCUGGCUCCCUGAACAGGCCCGGUUGCUGACCGGUCGGACGGGUUGGGUGGUUGCUCAUCCGCAGAGUCUGGGCAAGAACCACUCACUGGAAUUAGAUCUGGGAGCCCAGCGUAUGGUAACAGGCCUCAUCCUGCAGGGAGGAAAAUACAGAGACGUCAAUGUUUUUAUCAAACGCUUUAGAGUUACAUACAGCACAAAUGGAAUAGAAUGGACCUACAUACAGGAAGAGAAUAGCAACAAAUUGAAGGUGUUUUUGGGGAAUCAGAACCACGACACACCAGAAGUGCGUACAUUUGAUCCAGUGGUAACGCGUUUCCUUCGUGUCUAUCCUGAGCGUGGCUCCACUGAUGGCAUGGGGUUAAGGCUGGAGGUUCUGGGGUGUGAUUUGUAUGAGCCCACAACACCUCUCCCCUUUGCAACCACUAUGGAAAUCACAGCACCUGCCAUCACUAGUGUAUCAGGGAACAUUCCAACAACUACCAGCAUUUCAACAACAACAGAGGGUUGCGACGAUGACGAUAACUGUCAUAGUGACCCAACAGACACUGUAGUGGCAGAGCCAUAUCUGGAGAUGGAGUCAGUACCUGCAUACAUCUGGUUUGCUUGUGACUUUGGGUGGACUGAUAACCCCUCCUACUGUGGGUGGAGUCAAGAUAGUGGAGAAGGAGCUGAAUGGCACAUAAAGAAUAACAGCAAACAUGCUGAUCCCAAUUUACCUAAUCUGGACCACACAGGGAUGCCUCACAACUUCAUUUACACUGCUUCCAACACCAACACACAGAGGAAGACUGAAAUGAUGACGGAAGAAGAGUUGGCAAGGAAAGGAUGUGUAGCAAGACUGGCCAGUUUGCCUGUCACAGCCCCAGAUUCAGACCUGUGCAUGUCUUUCUGGUACCACUUCACUGAGAAACACACUGGAACACUUUAUAUCAAACAAAGGAUAGAGCGAGAAGGGGAAGAAGGGAUGAGAGAAGACACUGAGCAUCUAAUACGUUUUGUAAAUGGGCAGAUGAAAAGCAGAUGGAGGGAGGCGAGAGUUCUGAUUCCCAGUGCCGACAAAUCUUAUCAGGUGAUUAUCGAGGCUCAAGUGGAUCCUACAGAAUCUGGUUAUAUCUCACUGGAUGAUAUAAAAAUACUGGACGAAGUGGAUCCAGAUGAAUGCAUGGACCCAGAGGAUACAGACGUUGAUGAGGAUGAAGUUGAUGAGAACGUGACCUGUGAGGGGACUGAAGACACCUUGUGGAGUUUUGGACGCGGCUCCAUGCUGAAGAGCUUAGAUCCCAUCCUGAUCACCAUCAUCGUGAUGAGCGCAGUGGGGGUUCUGCUGGGCGCUGUGUGUGGGGUGCUAUUCUACUGUGCAUGCGCUCACAAUGCAAACAGAAACCUCUCUGCACUGGAGAACUACAACUUUGAGCUGGUGGAUGGAGUCAAACUAAAGAAAGAAAAACUCAGUGCACAUAAAUCUUACCUAGAGGCAUGAGGAAUGCUGAACAAUGUUGAAGGAACAUUUUUAGAAUGCUCUUCACAAAGUUAAGACUGAGUGGCAUUGUUCUCAGGAUGUGCAGGAAGAGGGACUUGCCUCUAGAUGGCGCUUUGUAUAGAUUGUACAGCCAGAUGAUUAUUGUCUACUUGUUUGUUUGUACAUUUGUUGCUAGUGUUGAGACCAAGACAAAAAUAUGUAUCCUCUAACACAGUUGAACAUUUUUUCUACAAGCCAUCUUGUAAAGCAGAGCUGUACACAACUGGGUUUUCAGUGUUAUUGUGCUCUAGUUUGUAUGUGUGUGUGCUUGGAAAUAUGUGUUUGUUCAGUUGGUAACUCACACUUCAUUCCAGUGGUGCCUUUCAAUGUGUUUUCAUUGCCUUUUCACACAUGGGUUGACCUCCUCUACACAGUCAGUCAUUUGCUUUUGAGCACAAACUGUUCUCUUACAGACAUGGGCUGCCCACUAACCCACUAUAAAUCAGAGGUCAAUGUCUAAAUGUGAAAAACAAUAAGUGUCCUCUAUUGUCAUAUUGUCUAUUGUGGCUCCAACACAGCCCACAAAAUAUUAAAUGCACAGUUAGAGGAAAUACAGCUUUUCUAAUAAAAAGUGACCCAACAAAUA